AUGCUGCAGGAGACCAGCACCCACCCUGAUGGCGGGAGCCUUGUGGUGUUUGCGACUGUGGAUGUGGAUGCCAUCCAAGUGACAAUGAGUGGCGAGGACCCUUCCUACAUCCUCCUUCUCCCCCUGGGCUUUGCCAUCUUCCCAGCCACCAACCCUUCGCCAGCAGCAACCAGCACAAGCUCCAGCAAUGGCGAAAGCAGCCCAGGUAACACAGAUGAGCCUGCCAAUGGCUGCCUCCUCACCGUCGGCAUGCAGGUGCUAGCUAGCGCGGUGCCCUCAGCUAAACUGAAUCUCUCCAGCGUCACUGCAAUCAACAGCCAUGUCUGCAACGCCAUCCACCAGAUUACAACCGCACUCAAAGGCCAAGGCGCUGGGGUGAGUGGGUUUGAACUGGUGGCUGCUGCUGGCUCCGACUAUGGGAACAGAGGAGAGCAUGUCCAUGCAGAUCAAAAUGCCUUCCAAGUCCGGUUAUUUUUGCUAACAAACAUAUCGCAGGUGCAAUCGAGGAUUUGA